CCCCGUAUUGGAACUCUUUUGUUUGUAAGAGGUCACAAUGGCCGCUCUCGGUCGAGUGUUACCUCUGUUAGUUCGACAGCCUGUUUCUGUAGUAAAACGGAGCAUUUCAACAUCACCUAGAAGUCUUGGAGGAGUUUAUUUUGAAAAGGACUUCUUCCCAGGGCCCUACCCGAAAACAGAAGAAGAGAGGCUAAAAGCAGCCAAGAAAUAUGGAAUGCAGCCCGAAGAUUAUAAGCCGUGGGAAAACCAUGAUAAGUGGGGCUCGGGGGAUUACCCAGAAAUUCAGCCAAUUGGAGAGGAUCUGAAAUCAGAAUAUGAAGUUUGGGACGACAAAUCAACUAAAACAAAUUUUAAUGAACCACUGCCAAUGAGAGAGUAUCACUAUACUGAUCGUUUUGACUAUGGUCAGGAUCUCUACCCCUCCUCAGACAAGGAAAUGCGGGUUGUUUUCUUUGGAAUGAUUGGAACCUUUGUUUUGCUUCACUACUUUUGCAACAAUUUUUUUGCGCGACAUGAUGAAGCGCUACCUAAACAGUUUCCAUUCACCUACGAAGGCCAUGGUACCUAUUGGCAUAAAUCAAACAUCAAGCGAAAUAUACACUACACGUUUGAGCCUGCUGAGCCAGCCGAGGGGAGCGAAUGAAGAGAUUCUGGGGACUACCCUCGUGUACCACAGUACUACAGUGGGACUCUCUUAAGAGUUACAGUCAAAAAAUUUAACUCGGAUGUUGUGUAACUCUGUUGUGUUGAAUUAAAUAAAUUCUAUGUUAUACAAUGUA